UAAAAGAAAACUACUGCUGUUGCGCCAGAAGAAAAAAAAACUAUAAGAUGGUUGGUGUGUGUCGAUUCAUUGAUUGAGGUUUGAAAAAUUUAUACCGUAGGAGCCUACCUUCUCCCUCCUCCCAAAGAAGAGAACAAAACUCAAGUAAAGCCGCCUUUCCAGCUCGCUAGUCUUCGUCCACUCCACUCUCCAGUCCAGGGCUCGUGUGUCCACCAUCCCCGUGUCCGUGUCCUUCCACCACCACCAUCCGAGUCCACGUUCCCCGUGCCCGACUCCACACACCACUGACCACUCACCGAUCGGUCGUCCUUGCCGCACUCGCUUAUCCCCUCCGUCGCCUGCCACACCCUCAGCCGGCACGCCUCCUCUACCAUCACUCACAAUGGCUGUCCUCGUCCUCGUCCUCGUCCUCCUCGCCACCUUCCUCCCGUCCACCGCCCUGGCCGCCUUCUCCCCGGCCUUCUCCUUCUUCCUCGCCUGCGGCGCCGGCUCCACAGUCACCUUCCCACGCGACAGCCCAGCGCGCAACUUCACCCCGGACGACGGUUACCUGACCACCAAAAGCGUCCCGGCGGUGACGAACGCCAACCCCAACAGCGUCGCCUCCCCGCUCUACGACGCCGCGCGCGCGUCCAGCUCCGCCUUCUCCUACAGGUUCCCUGUCCCCGACUCCGCCGGGCAGCAGGCCGCGUUCUUCGUCCUCCGCCUCCACUUCUUCCCUUUCUCCCCAGCCUCGCCGUCCACCGUCAGCCUCUCCUCCGCGCGCUUCGCGGUCUCUGUUCAGGACGCGUACACCUUGCUGUCCUCCUUCUCGCCGCCGAACGCCGGCGUCGUCAAGGAGUUCUUCGUCCCGGCAGGCGGCUCCGGCGACUUCAGCGUCACCUUCACGCCGGCCUCCGGCUCGGCCGCGUUCAUCAACGCCGUCGAGCUGUUCCCGGCCCCAGCGGAGCUGCUGUGGAACGGCAGCGUGACGCCGGUGGGCGUAGGCGCGGCGGCCCUCAACAUAGCCGCGUGGCCCAAGGACGCGCUGGAGACGGUGUACCGCCUCAACGUGGGCGGCCCCGAGGUGACCAAGGAGAACGACACCCUCUGGCGGACGUGGCUCCCCGACGACCCCUUCCUCUUCGGUCCUGCGGGGAGCUCCAUGUUGCAGAACACGACCACCCAGAUCGUCUACGCCACCUACACCAAGGAGUUGGCGCCCGACGUCGUCUACAAGACGCAGCGCGCCGCGAACGUGUCGGCGGCCGGAGCAGGGGCGGUACCUCCGCGUUUCAACGUCACGUGGACCUUCUCGGCGGAACCGGGGUCCAACUACCUCGUCCGUCUCCACUUCUGCGACUACGAGCUGCUGAGCUCCGUCGUCGCAGUCGUCAGCGUGUUCAACGUCUUCGUCGCGCAAUCCAUGGGCACCCAGGACUUCACGCCCACACAGUUCGAGACGCAGGCGAACACGGCCUUAUACAUGGACUACGCGGCCACGGCGCCCAUCUCCGGGAACCUCACCGUCAGCAUCGGCAUGUCCGCCAAGAGCGGCACUGGCGAAGGGGGCUUCCUGAACGGGCUGGAGAUCAUGAAGGUGCGACCUUCGGAUUCGAGCUUGGCGGCGGGCUCACAUGGUAGCAGGAAUAAGAGAGUUUUGAUCACCGCUCUGUCGGCCGUGCUCGGCGCCUCGGUUCUCGCGUCCGCCGCGCUCUGCUUGUUCUUCGUCGUGCGGAGAAAAAGGCGGAUGGCGCGGGCGGCGCCGUUGGAGAAGGAGAGCAGCAAGCCGCUGCCGUGGUCGCAGGAAAGCUCCGGGUGGGUGCUGGAGCCGUCGAGCCGGUCGGGCGAGGGCACGACCGGGGCGAUGCAGAGGGUGAGCACGCAGCUCCACAUCCCGCUGGAGGAGCUGAGGUCGGCCACCGACAACUUCCACGAGCGCAACCUCAUCGGCGUGGGCGGCUUCGGCAACGUGUACCGCGGCGCGCUCCGCGACGGCACCCGCGUGGCAGUGAAGCGCGCGACGCGCGCGUCCAAGCAGGGCCUGCCGGAGUUCCAGACGGAGAUCGUGGUGCUGUCCCGCAUCCGGCACCGGCACCUGGUGUCCCUCAUCGGCUACUGCAACGAGCAGGCGGAGAUGAUCCUGGUGUACGAGUACAUGGAGAAAGGCACGCUGCGGAGCCACCUGUACGGCCCGGACUCCGACGGGGCGGCGGCGCCGCUGUCGUGGAAGCAGCGGCUGGAGGUGUGCAUCGGCGCCGCGAGGGGGCUGCACUACCUGCACACGGGCUACUCCGAGAACAUCAUCCACCGCGACGUCAAGUCCACCAACAUCCUCCUCGGCGACGGGUUCAUCGCCAAGGUGGCCGACUUCGGGCUGUCGCGGAUCGGCCCGUCGUUCGGGGAGACGCACGUGAGCACGGCGGUGAAGGGCAGCUUCGGGUACCUGGACCCGGAGUACUUCAAGACGCAGCAGCUGACGGACCGCUCCGACGUCUACUCCUUCGGGGUGGUGCUGUUCGAGGUGCUGUGCGCGCGGCCGGUGAUCGACCAGGCGCUGGAGCGCGACCAGAUCAACCUCGCCGAGUGGGCCGUCGGGUGGCAGAGGCGCGGGCAGCUGGACCGGAUCGCCGACCCGCGGAUCCUCGGUGAGGUGAACGAGAACUCGCUGCGCAAGUUCGCGGAGACGGCGGAGCGGUGCCUGGCGGACUACGGGCAGGAGCGGCCGUCCAUGGCCGACGUGCUGUGGAACCUCGAGUACUGCCUGCAGCUGCAGGAGACGCACGUCCGCCGGGACGCGUUCGAGGACAGCGGCGCAGUGGGCGCGCAGUUCCCCGAGGACGUCGUCGUCCCGCGCUGGGUGCCCUCGUCGACGAGCUUCAUGACGACGGGAGAUCCGGACGACACGGCCGUCACGGACGUGGGCGUCGUCAACAGCAAGGUGUUCUCUCAGCUCAGCAGCGGCGAGGGCCGCUGAUGAGCUGCUGGUGGUGCCGGCGAACCGGCUCCUGCAAACAAUCCGAGCCACAGUCACGUACUGGAGUGUACUAAUCAUGGUUUUGUUAUCGUUGCUUAGUUUGACAGUAUUAUUAUAGAGAGGACAUCACGUUAUCACAGAUUCACAGCAGACAAGAAAUUCAGAGCUGCUGGUGAAUGUGCUCUGAACUCUACGGCAACCCAGAAACUGUUGCGAAUGCCAACCAAUCCUUUUUUGCUGUCCCUACACUCUGCAGGUCUGCAUCACGGUCACGGAUAAUCCAUGUUCGUUGUAAGCGUGCUGUGCGUAUGCAUGCGGAUGCGGCCAAAGCAAAUUGACCAGUGGCUGUCUGAUUGAUUGAGCUACAUAAUUUAGGCGCCUGUACGACUGCUCGCAUGGCAACAAAACUUUUGCGGAUAUUCUCUUCUUCUCUGGUGGUCACACUCACCAGACCACGCGUAUAGCAGAUAGUCUAGAGCAGAGCAAGGUGCCAAGGAAAGCUGGCCAGAAGAAUUGGCAGUGGGGAUAUCUCAUUCAGUGGUUGCAACGUGUGUUCAACGUCAGUCUGAUGCUAGUGUUCGCCGACGGUCACCAAGAUCAAUUCGGUUAGAUAUCGAUGUUCCCUUAAAGACUGUGAGGAGAAGGUUUCAGACUUUCAGUUUGUGUUUGGUCAUAAGACUACUUAAAGGGAACGCACAUACUGUAAAUGGCUUGGAGCAAUAAGCAAUUUCUAAGCUGGAUUAAUGGUUGCCGUGGAGCCCAGGGCCGGGCAAAGUGUGGAAAUCGGAACGCGGUUUGGAGUUGGAAGGGAAGAAAAAAAAAUCGUGUGAUAGUGACACGCACGCUCCAUUUAAACAAAGAACUGUCAUCAUGCUGCAAUUAGUGAAGGCUUAUCUUCCGAA